CAUGCGCUCACGAGAACUAUUCUUCAUUCAACCAGACCUCGCCUUAUUCUAGCUUAAGGCUUUGCUAUGGGCUUCUAUGGUUUUCGAUGCCUGUUCAUGACCGCAAAGAUUUGAACUGCUUUCUUUGUGUACGGACGCGUAAACGGCUCGCAGUUAUGCGGACUGGACGCACAUUUAUGAAUAGCCUGAGAUCAACGCCAGAUCGCCGGACCUGGAACUGCCCACAUGCGUUUUUACUGACGUUAUUAGAAUGUGGAUCGUUAUCUGUUUGACCAAUUGCACCGAUCAAAGUGCAAACAAAGGAAACUCGACACGUCUCUGAGCUUCAGCGAGGAAGUGGAUAAAGUGGCCAGAAAGAUCCUUAAAGUUGGACAAUGGGCAGAGAUAACCUUUCGGAGUUAAGGAGGAAGGAGGAGAGGUCUCAAUGGACACUGUUUAUCGAAGACAUAAGUGUUUUACAGUGGGUGUUUUCAUUUCUGUUUUUGGGAGCAUUCUGUCUAAUUUUGAUGGUGUACCUGAUGUUUACAUCUCUGUGGCUCAUCCCCACUCUCUGCUGCACCUGGCAGAUCUAUGAUUGGUACACACCUGAGAAAGGUGGCAGGAGAACAAAGUUUGUAAGAAGCUGGGAAGUGUGGAGACAUUUCAGAGACUAUUUUCCUGUAAAGCUGGUGAAGACUGCCGAGUUGAGUAGCAGUAAGAACUAUAUUCUGGGUUGCCACCCCCAUGGUAUCAUGUGUUUUGGAGCAUUCUCAUGUUUCAGUACUGACCGCAACAGAUUUGCUGAAACCUUCCCCGGAGUACGACCCACUCUCGCAGUCUUGGCCGGACUGUUCCGCAUUCCUCUCCUUAGAGAAUAUCUUAUGUGCGCAGGUUUGUUGCCGGUCAGUAAGGCGAGCUUAGAUUAUGCACUGAGCAAUAUGGGCUUGGGUAAUGCUGUGGUCAUAAUUAUUGGUGGGGCAGAAGAAUCUCUGGCCUCAUCUCCAGGAGUAAACAAUGUAGUCAUGAAACAGAGGAAAGGCUUUGUACGACUGGCGCUUGAACACGGGGCUGACCUUGUUCCAGUGUACUCUUUUGGUGAGAAUGAGCUGUUCCCGCAGGUGGUCCUAUCUGACGGCAGUGUAGGUCGACGGCUGCAAGCUCUUUUUAAGCAGGUUAUGGGAUUUGCUCCAUGUCUUUUCACUGGGGGUCGCUGGCUGCUCCUGCCCUACAGACGUCCCGUCACCACUGUGGUUGGCCAUCCAAUAACUGUGCCUUGGGUUCACCACCCAACGCAAGAACAGGUGGAUUAUUACCACAAAUUAUAUAUGGAGGCUCUUUCUGAACUUUUCCACACACAUAAAACGAGCUGCGGACUGGCUGAAACUCACGAGUUACGCAUAAUCUAAAAACAGUGGAGGCACACACAGUUAUUGAAACAUUCGUUGUGUCUUAAAUAUUCAAUGUGGGAGGGGGAAAUUAAAUUGUACUUAUUUGUAUGCUAUUUCUAUGCUAAUGUUUUAAGAUGUUUGGUUCUCCACAUGUUCAAAGCACAAUAUGAACUAAGACAACUUUUAUACAAAUUUAAUUUAAUUUGGGUUUUAAACUAGAAUAAAGCUCUUUUCACCUGUAUCUGUGCCUUAACACACACAAACAUUUUUAUUCAGAAAAUGAUAAAAACAAUGACAGCAAACAUCAAAAUAGUGUGUUGUUAAUGUAGAAGCAUUGUAAACUCAAAAACAUGUUUGUACUUAUUUGAUGUGAUUGUGAUAAGUUGAUGUGAUCCUUCCAGUGCAAUUUUAUUUUGUUUUUAAUGUAAAAUUAUUAAUGUAAUGUAAUGACUCAUAGUUGCGCAGUAUUUUUUUUCCAUAUUAUAAAAUGUUUAAAACCAUGUACAUCUCCAAUGAAAAUUCCACACAUAUCAGUAUUUUAAUAAAGGUUCUUAAUUUGUUUUA